CCUGAGCUAGGAAUGUGUAAAGAUAAGCCCUAUACCUUGUGUUUCCACUAGCAUAGUCAGCUAUGUUUGUGUUCCUCCUAGUCCUGGCUAUCUCUGGAGCGUAUCCUGCAGUAGCAAAUAUGUGCUUCGGAAGACACAUAAAGGGACACGAGCUUCUUUCAGGGCACAGUCCACCAGCAGUGAGAGUCUGGAGUCCAGCUCCUGACCGAAAAUUCAAAAAUGCCACAAUUUUAUUCUCGGGAUUUCGAUCCUGUAAUCUAUCUGUGGUGCGUCUGACAGUGGGACUUUCAAGGAACUGUACGAUCCGUGUAUUACGCCAUGUCUUCGGUCCAGGUACCACUAUGGACUUGAGGCCAUGGAACACUGUUAUCGAUGAUAGAGGCACUCUCAGAAAUCUGUUCCUCAGUGUAAAUGUCUCGACAGAACUACUUGCUAUAUCAACUUUAAUCAAACCAUCACCGUGGUGCCAGUACCUACCCUCACUGCCUGAUGAUAGGUACGCAAGCCUACUCCUAGAAGAUAUAAACGAAUGUAAAUCGCAAUUGCGUCUUUGUGCGGGACUCGCUCCGUCAUGCCAGAACGUCUUCGGCUCCUACAAAUGUGUACCUCUCCCCGCCUCUACCACACGUCCAAUCCAAAUAUCGACGCAAGCACAUGAAGGCUAUACGGACGCGACGAUGGCACCUACAUCAGAGCGAGAUGCAAUAGGUAUGACUGCAGAUCACGUGACCAGGAUACAAUCUGUAGCAACAUAUAGUUCCGAACAGCAAACCUCCGAUGGUGGCCAUCAAACUCCUAAUGCUGAACAUACUGCAUCCAGGCGAGCAGUCGCUAUUGCGCUAACUCUGACAUUUAUGUGCUUAGUGACUUCAUGUGUCAUUAUCUCAAGAUUAGUGAAGAGGAGUCCGAAGUCUCGUCCCUACAUUUGUAGAGCAAUGAAUCUACUCUCCACAUUGAGAAAUCGUUUGUUCGCAUCCCCCGAUUCAGAAUCAGCCCAUCCAGGCACUAUUGAAAUAUCGCACAUCGGUCCAGAGAUGCAUGAACCGUAUGCCGUGUCUUGCAAUGCAUACGAUGAGAUUAACAACGUAAGUCACAACCAUUGCCGUCAAUUCGCCCAGACUUACUCGUUACCAUUGAGCCCAUUAACGCGAUCACGUGAGAGGCAGGCCGAACAAUCAUUGAAUGGCGUUGCAACGUGUGAGACGGCUAUCGCUACACGUCACUACGAUAUUCCAUCAGCCCUCAGUCGACCCAUCUAUGCUGAUAUCGACACAAUGCAUGCGGAAAGAGUACAGCCAGGACUUGGGUUCAGAGUUCUCGCCUGCUCUCCCGAUCACGGAGAUGGAUUUCCUCGCUUGAGGGCGCAAUGCCUCUCCCAAAUGGUUCCAACGAAUGAAUUAAGAGACACACCAGCUGACCGCGAGCAUGCUAGCAUUCCGGCCGAGUCAGAAUUACACUAUAACACGCCACUAACACCCACUGGAACAUUCAUCUAUCGCAGUAUCGGUUCUGAGUGUUUCGACCACGUGAUUCCUGACUCGCGGCACGAUGCUAGGAAUGGGCACAUCGUGGAGGGGGAUGUUUCGACCAUGGCCCAUGGAAUGGUGGACCAAACAGCAGCUAGCAGCACAAGUAAACCAAGGUAUCAAAUUCCAACGGUCUGGAGCAUUUCAAAGGCAUCCCAGAAUACCACUAACCGACCGCGGAGUGCCUCUGCCAAUGAUAUAUCCGGUGCGGUCUACGCUACUGCUGAAGAAGCAUACACCAUCGUUGACAUACAUGUACCCGUCGCUCCACAGUCCCCACCACAGGCAUGCCCGCCUGACACUCACUCAGUCCGCCUGGAACCUGCCAGUGGUCUGUUACACACUCCCCAGCGAAGCUCGCGAGCAACAUCAGCAGUACCCCGUAACCAAAGUGCAGAUGGUUAUCUUGAACCCAGUGAUAUUCUCUCUACGUCUUUGCCACUCCUUUAACUAUAUAGGAUUACUGCACAAUUGCAUCUGUUUUAUCACUUGCACAGUUGUUGCAGCGCACUCUAUGUUUUACAUACCAUCUAACUAGUUAUCUGCGGACACCAGUCAUCUUACAUUGUAUAUUGACAAGCAUUUUGUAUAAUACAUACAUACACGUGUACCAGCUUUAUUUUGAAGUCUGUUUCAAGCAAUACGUGGCUGGGGUAGCCAAUGACCACUUUGCCUGGCGUUUGCAGGGUUUGUAUAGCCAACCACGGCUUACAUGCAUACUUAGAACUGCCUAGAGAGACCACGGGUCUAUGAACAUCAGGCAAAGUAAGAAUUAUACUACUAGCAGUAGAUGUCGUUUUUGUGUUCACAUA